ACGCUCUUGUUCUUUCCCCCCUCCUUCGUUCGCGAAAAUGCACUUCAAGUCUGCUAUCCUCCUUGCUGGCAUCCACACCGCGUUGGCCGAGUUCUCCUCGGGUGGCCUGAGCAUCCUCGCUCCCGGAGGUUCCGAUCUGUGGUGGCUCACCGGGCAAAUUAACAACCUCGUCUGGACAUGCGGCGAGAGCACCCACCCGGACUUCACCAUCUGGAUGAACAACAGCAACGUCAACCUGCUGACGGACAUCACCGCCAUCGUCGCUGUUGAGCAAAACUACAACUGCAUCCAGGGUGUCCCCGCCGACCUCGUCGUUGCGCCCCCCGGUGAUGGCUACACUCUGGUGCUGACCAGCUCGACCAACGCUACUGAUGUUUACGCCGUUUCGAAAGAAUUCUCGAUCAAGCCGCUGAGUGCCGGGUACCCUGCGUCCAGUGCUACCCCCGUCGACACCGCCAGCGCAACAGUAGCUAAGGGCACCGCGUCCAAUGUUCUCGCUACUAGCACCGGCGGCGCCGCUCCCGGUGCCAGCAGCUCGUCGUCUCACAGCGGCGCCAUGGGCCUUAAGCCCGUCGGUGUUCUGGCUGGCCUCAUGGCCCUCGCUGUCGGUUCUAUGCUUUGAACCUGAAUCACACGUUCUGUCGGACUUUCAUGACAGUGCUUUGCUACCAUCUUAAGACAUGUGCUAUCCCACUCGCGUAAAAUACCCUACGUAUCUGUUCCUGUCGUUACCAACCUCUCGCAUCCAAUAUCAGUUUCCUGAGAAGGAAUCGUUCAAAUGAUGAUAUAUGCACAAGCCGCCCGGUUGCUGAGUAUUUCAUGUGGAAAUUCCUUCGUUCUAUUUUUGAGCCAUCUUGAGGGGCAGGCCGUUGGUUCCCAGCAGGGAUUCCUCUUCCGUUAAUGUGCGAGGUCCAUCGCCGACCCGCGUGUGGAUCAGUCCCUUGACAGCUCCGACUUCUGCCACUUUCGCGACGUUCACGUUGAAUCCAGCGAGAACUGCACCAGAGCCGACACCGGCAGUCCCAAACAAGGCAAAGGGGUCCUUGAAUGCAUCCUGCUGGGGGAAGUAAUGGACGAUCAGGUUGAUGAUUUCUUGAUGUUGGCUGCCGGGGCGUAGAUGACGGCGUUGGGGCCGGCGUCGUACGUGUAGGCUGCUUUACGCUUGCCUCCGUUCUCAGGCAGCAACGCGAUCCGGUUGUACUCCUCGAUCACUGCGACGAUGGCACGGCUGACAUCGUUCAUGUAGAAGAUGGGCGGCGAGGUGUCCAGUGCAACGGCAUGAAACUGGUUCGAAUCGGCCAUCGUAAUCUCCGCAAAGCGGUCAAAGUCACGCGCCAGGAUCGCGGCAGAAAUAUCGGUCAUGCGCUGGGGAACGACGUGUUUGAUGCGGUGCUGCAGGAGGGGCGAGGUCUCGACUGUGCGCUGCAUCCCGGAUGUGGAGCUGGUUCCCUUCUUCGCAUCACUGACGACGCAAAUGAGAGCGUGGAUAUCAGGCCAGUGGGAUUCUGGUGCGAUCUGGACGGCAUGCGAGUCCAGACCAGAGGCAUCGGUGCCGGCAUUCCACGCGACGAAACCACCCAUCAGAGAACGGCACGCGGAACCUGAUCCCUGGCGCGCAAUGAGGGAGAGGGUCGUCGGGGGACAGGGCAGUGCGUAGAGAGCCGCCAGCGAUGCGGUCAGAGCAGCGAAACCCGACGCCGAUGAGGCCAGACCCGCCGCGGUCGGGAAGUUAUUGUGCGACGCGAUGUGAACGAAAUAGCCCGAGAUCUAUCCGCGGUGAGUUGCUGAUGUUUUGGGGGAAGAGGAAGCGUCAUACUUUGGGAGCAGACGCAUCUACUUCCUCGACAAGCUCCUUUCGCAAGCGCUUCAUCUCGGCGAUGCACGUCGCCAUGCGGCCGCCUGCUUGAAUUUCUUCCUCGAUUCCAUUGAGCCAGAGACGAUCUUUCUCGAAGGAGGGAUCAGCACGAGAGGUCGUAGUCGAUCUGAGGUGAUCCUGAUCCAACGUGACGGAGAGGGAAGAGUUUGUGGGUAAUAUCAGCUUAGUAUCGCGUUUGCCCCAGUACCUAAACUCUAUUAGCCCGAGGAUAUCAGCCUAGAUGACAGCAACACACUUGAUGCAUGCGAUGUUGACUGGGGCUGAGGUGGUCGCGGUGUGAAGGCUCAUGGUGGCAAGAGACAAGCGACAAGUUUAGGAAGGGAAUCGUACGAGAUGCGUUUUUGCCCACCCACAAACACGACGCACGCAACAAAUGGCGAUACCCGGUGGAUAAGGGAUUUUGUGGCAAACAUCGCCAGGGCUUUUUCUAAAAUCAGACGUGGUGUGCGUGGGGGCCUUCAGGACGAAUGAGAUCGGCGUGAGAGCGAGGCUUGAUGUCACCGGUCUGUCAACGGGGCUGAUUCUCGAAAGACGUAACUCUUCAUCUGCAGACCGGUCGAUCUAACCUAAAGCGCAACACGGAUAAUUGCUGCAUGUUGGCUCGACGCACUCGAUCCGACAUUGCGCCCGGACCCUGCAUCGGCCUUUUUACGGGUGUGGCCGCCACGAAAGACUCAACUUCGGACUUUUCUCUAUCUCCUCCAGUCCGCGUCAUUGGCGCCCUCAAAAAUAACAUUAACCCGUAUAGGAUUCUUCUUAAAAGCCGACCUCAGACGUGGGAGUCUGGUUUCCUCUCUGGACUCCCCUCAUGGUCCCCACCCUCCCCCAUUACUACCUUGUCUUGGUAGAGUGUGGGCUGGUUCGCUCGUCAUGCGGCUCCACAUGUGCUUUCUGCCGCGCAUAACGUUGAAGAAGCUACUGUCUAAUCCGGAGAUUAUCCCACCCUCGCUGGUCUUGGUAUAAAACAGCUCGCAAUGUAAUGCAAACUACAAUACAGACGAUCAUGUCUGAACAUCUGCCUCUAUUUGCUUUCGGGUCUCCAGUGGCCCCUCCGUUUCAAUGCGUUCAGCACGCAUUCGAGUCCCAGGCAGUCUCCCACCCCGGCGUCAUUGCCGUCGAGGACAUUGCUACCGGAAACUCGAUCUCUUACGCCGAACUCGCUCAGCGUUCGACCUGUCUCUCGAAACGCCUGCGAGGUCUCGGGGCUCGAGCAGGCGAACGCGUCUGCAUUCUAGGCGAUCGCUCUGUCGAACUGAUUGUCGGAAUUGUUGCGGUCCUGAAGACGAACUCUGCUUAUGUGCCAUGUGACGGCAAAGUGGUUUCAGAUGUUGCGUUGCAGCACAUGAUCGCAGACUCGCGAUGUUGUAUCCUCAUGACGGUCCACAAGUUCGAUCACCGACUGCAUCUCGUGCCGGAGAACGUGAAUAUUGUGUAUCUUGACGACGCGCCGUGCCCUUGCGACGGGGGGAGUCUGCGAUGUGCCUUGCCAGAGCACGACGAAUCGUCCCCCGAGGACAGCGUCUAUGUCAUAUACACCAGCGGUACCACGGGUGUCCCGAAGGGUGUUGAUGUCAUGCAUCGGAACGUGACAAAUCUUGUUUGCCUGGCGCCAGGAAAUCUGGGAAUCACUCCAGGAAUGCGAGUUUCUCAGCUGAUGAACAUUGGAUUCGACAUGGCUGCAUGGGAAAUCUUGGUCAGUCUAUGUAACGCGGGAACUCUGGUCCUUCGCGGUCAGUCCUCAGCGGAGUGGCGUGCGACCAUGAAGAAGGCAGAUGUGGUCAUUGGAACGCCCUCGAUGUUGCACCCACACAAUCCGGCUGACUAUCCGAACAUCAAAACCGUGGCAGUUGCCGGAGAGGCUUGUCCUCAGGCUCUGGCUGAUCUGUGGGGCCGACGCACGAAUUUCCACAACUGCUGCGGGCCAACAGAAGUCACGAUUGUCAACACGAUGCAUCUGCACGUCCUUGGCACCCCUCUCAGCAUUGGGAAACCUGUUCCUAACACCAACGUCUAUGUCCUCGAUGAUGAAAUGAAACCGUGCGCAGUCGGUGUCCCCGGAAUUAUGUGGGCCGGUGGCCACUGUGUGACACGCGGAUAUCUAAAUCUCCCGGACAAGACGCGAGAGAAGUACACUGAGGAUCCUUUUACCAAAAAUGGCUCCAAGAUGUUCAACACAGGCGACAUGGGAUCGUGGCGGGAGGAUGGCACAUUAGACCAUCUUGGUCGGGUGGAUGACCAGGUCAAGAUUAAGGGUUUCCGGGUCGAGCUUGACGGUAUUGCUGCAUCCAUGGAGACCACUCCCAAUGUCCUGGCAGCAGCCGCGAUCUUGAUUGAGGGCGAGUUGUGGGGCUUCGUGACCCCAGCAGUCGAGGAAGCAGAAGUCAAAAAGGCAACCGCGCGGAUACAGCCCUACUACGCUGUCCCCACUCGCAUCAUGGCAUUGGAGUCUUUCCCCAAGACACAUAACGACAAGACGGACAGAAGAGCGCUCAAGCAGUUGGCGGUCGAGACGGUUGCACAGGCCUCAUCCGAUGGCUUGACAAUCGUUUCCGCGGUCGGUACCAAGGCGGAAAGCCUCAGCACCAAGGCGGAAAAUGCGGAAAGCCUCAACACGAAGGCAGAAAAGGCAGAAAGCCUCAGCACGAAGGCAGAAUUCGUUGAAUCGGAGCUGUGGACUGGCUACGAGGAGGAUGAAGUCCCCGAUAAAGUUUCCAGCAAGUUUGUCCGCAACGUGCGACACCAGGUCUUCAGUCUUUACCGACGACUAUUCGGGGUCGUCUUCGUGGUCAACGUCGCUGUUCUGGUCUGGAUUGCGGUCAAGGGGGCCAACUCACAACGACUCGGUUUAAUCGCCAUUUCUAAUAUCUUUUGCGCUAUUUUGAUGCGACAAGACUAUGUCAUCAACGUGUUCUUCAAUGUCUGCUGUGCUGUCCCUCCUUCGUGGCCCCUGUUCAUCCGCCGCGUUUGUGCCAGGGUGUACCACAUCGGUGGUCUGCACAGCGGGUGCGCGAUGUCUGGCGUGGUUUGGCUCGCGUUUUUGUGUGCUCAGGCUACGAAAGAAGUCGCGGAGAAGCGUCAGUUGGGGGCUUCCGUCGCCACGGUCGCCAUCUCGUACUCGAUUCUCGCAUUCCUCGUUGGCAUCGUGAUAUUCGCGAUGCCCGCCUUCCGGAGCCAACGUCACGACACGUUCGAGCGCAUCCACCGAUUCUGUGGCUGGACAGGCAUCGCCCUGGUCUGGGCCCAGGUCGUUUCGCUCACCAACGACUACCGCGGGAGCCUCUCACUGGGGAGCGCGCUGUUGCAUUCUGCUCCGUUCUGGUUGUUGGUGACCAUGACCUGCUCCAUCAUUCUGCCAUGGACUCGGCUGCGGAAGGUGCCCGUGCGGAGCGAAGUGCUGUCUCCGCAUGCGGUGCGCAUGCACUUUGACUACUGCACACCCAAGGCGGGGAGUUUCGUGCGCCUUGCCGACCACCCGCUGAAAGACUGGCACGGUUUCGCGACGAUUCCCGAGCCAGACAAACCCGGAUUCUCGCUCGUGGUGUCCAAGGCGGGCGACUGGACGGCGGCCCAAAUCUGUGAGCCGCCGAGCCACGUCUGGGUGCGCGGGGUCCCGUGUUUCGGCGUGCUUCGCAUCGCCCCUCUAUUCCGCAGGAUAGUGUUGGUGGCAACAGGCAGCGGAAUUGGGCCGUGCGCACCUGUGAUUUUGGAAAGACGCAUCCCGAUUCGCCUGCUCUGGACCUCCCCGAACGUCAGACAGACCUUCGGAGACCAUCUCGUGGACCAGAUCCUCGAAGCCAAUCCCGAGUCGGUCAUCUACGACACGAAGAAGCACGGAAAGCCAGACAUGGUCAAGCUGACUCUGCGCCUGGUCAAAGAGUUUGAUGCCGAAGCCGUCUGCAUCAUUUCCAAUCAGAAGCUGACACGGAAGGUCGUGUAUGGCAUGGUGAGCAGGGGCAUUCCGGCAUUUGGGGCUAUCUGGGAUUCGUGAUCGUAUCUUAUCAACCACGGCUAAUCGUGGGUAUCUAAUCUAAUCUUAUUCGGUCUGUGAGUUAUCUAACUGUAUGAUACAAUGCAUUGGAUUUGCACUUGAUGGGUGCCGGGCAAACCACGCAGUUGCGCUCCCUGGAUCUCCAUGGUACAGUUUCCCCGGAAGUCGCGUGUUAUCCCUUCGGGUUCUCCUCGAUCUGGCAGUUUGCAACCCUUCACGUGUUCAGCCGUAUGCUUUAGCAUCAAGGCGAUAGAGAUUAGUGAUGGCAAUGCUCUGAAAAGUGCAUGUACGGCGCGUUUCUAAGGUUUACCCUCAUAGAAAUAAUCGCACACACCGCCCCACUGAUUCUGUCGGAUUCCGCGCGAGCAUGGGAGAACGUCGGGUAUGCUGGAUCGAAGGUUUGGUCUCGAGGCUGAAUGGUGCUCACAUGUGGUUGUUGUGACCGAACUCCGAGACAAUGAUAAAGGUAUCGGUGAUAUCGACGGAAUAUUAAGCGGAGGUCAUGGCGCCGGAGGAAAUACCGGAAGUAGAGACUCUCGAAUGCGGUCCCUUUAGAGGCUUCUCGCCGUGGCGCAUCCAAUCUCCAUGAUCCCUGGUCGGUAGCUUUUGAGACAGCCAUAGGAUAGUUAUAGAGAGAUUAAUCCGUUCAGAUGGCUUUAAUCCUGGGAUACAGGAUGAGAGAAACAUUCCGAAAC